GCGCACUCAAGUGCUUGAAUUUUGUUGCGUUGUGUAGCUCCAGGGGAAGACUGGCAAUGAAGAGAAGCUAUGAAGGGAACAUCUGCAUAGAAGGCAGGCACAGGAUUCCAGCCACGAUGUCGAAGCACCAUGAUGCAGGGACCGCUUUCAUCCAGACCCAGCAGCUGCAUGCUGCCAUGGCCGACACCUUCCUGGAGCACAUGUGCCGCUUGGACAUCGACUCGGAGCCAACCACUGCGAGAAACACCGGCAUCAUCUGCACCAUCGGCCCAGCCUCCCGCUCGGUGGAGAAGCUGAAGGAAAUGAUUAAAUCUGGAAUGAAUGUUGCCCGCCUCAACUUCUCUCACGGCACCCACGAGUAUCAUGAGGGCACAAUCAAGAACGUGCGAGAAGCUACGGAGAGCUUUGCCUCUGAUCCCAUCACCUACAGACCUGUGGCUAUUGCACUGGAUACCAAGGGACCUGAAAUCCGAACUGGACUCAUUAAGGGAAGUGGCACAGCAGAAGUGGAGCUGAAGAAGGGUGCACCCCUCAAAGUGACCCUGGAUGAUGCCUUCAUGGAGAACUGCGAUGAGAACGUGCUGUGGGUGGACUACAAGAAUAUUACCAAGGUUGUAGAAGUUGGCAGCAAAAUCUAUGUGGAUGAUGGUCUGAUUUCCUUGCUGGUUAAGGAGAAAGGCAAGGACUAUGUCAUGACAGAGAUCGAGAACGGUGGUAUGCUUGGCAGCAAAAAAGGAGUGAACCUGCCUGGUGCUGCAGUCGACCUGCCUGCGGUCUCUGAAAAGGACAUUCAGGACCUAAAAUUCGGUGUGGAGCAGAACGUGGAUAUGGUGUUUGCUUCCUUCAUCCGCAAAGCUGCUGAUGUCCAUGCCGUCAGGAAGGUGCUAGGGGAAAAGGGAAAGAACAUCAAGAUCAUCAGCAAGAUCGAGAACCACGAGGGUGUGCGCAGGUUUGAUGAGAUCAUGGAGGCCAGUGAUGGCAUUAUGGUGGCCCGCGGUGACCUGGGAAUUGAGAUCCCUGCUGAGAAAGUCUUCCUUGCCCAGAAGAUGAUGAUUGGGCGCUGCAACAGGGCUGGCAAACCCAUCAUCUGUGCCACUCAGAUGCUGGAAAGCAUGAUCAAGAAACCUCGUCCGACCCGCGCCGAGGGCAGUGACGUUGCUAACGCCGUCUUGGAUGGAGCAGACUGCAUCAUGCUCUCAGGAGAGACCGCCAAGGGAGACUACCCGCUCGAGGCUGUGCGCAUGCAGCACGCUAUUGCCCGGGAGGCCGAAGCCGCCAUCUUUCACAGGCAGUUGUUUGAGGAACUGCGUCGUCUGACUUCCCUCAACUGUGAUCCCACGGAGGCUGCUGCUGUUGGCGCUGUGGAAGCGUCCUUCAAGUGCUGCAGUGGGGCCAUUAUUGUCCUCACCAAGUCUGGAAGGUAG